GACAAAUGUCUCUUUGUAUAUUUUUAUGUGUUAGUCAGACAAAUUGACGGAAUGUUGUAUCCGUCUUUUGCCGAACAGAGGAUGUUCCUCAAGCCCAUUUAUUGAGAGUGCUGGCCCAAUCCCAUUGGUCGCUCCGCCCGAUCGCCGGUCAUCGCCGCACCGAUCCCAACGGCCGGUGCGCUGUUUUCCCAUUGCCUCCUUGUUCCGCGAAGACCCGUCUGGAGACACUGCAUCUGGCGUCGUCGCGAGAGGGCGUCGUCUUUGCGAACUGGAGAGGGCCUCUUCAGAUCUGAUGCUACAUUCUUCUCCGGUGAAGUCACCUUCUGAGAUCCAGCGCCGAUGCCAGAGCCAUAUCGGUUCUUCCCUGGCAGCAAAUUCCAUAUGCAGCCGGUGCCAGAGCCAGAUCGGUUUCCCCCUCUUUCUAUCCCAAGAUCUGAUACACAGGAGACGUCGUCCCUGUUAACUAAGGCUUCAUAUGCAGAAGCUCUGAAGGCGAUGUCGCCGAGGGCGGCGAAGAAAAGUUUAGAUCAGGUGGGGGAGGAAUUCAAACGAGCCACAACCUACAAUAACAAACCUGCAUUAUUCUAUAUGGAAGAAGAGGUUCCUAAUUCCUCUAGUCGUUGGGGUGCCUCUAUUUUGAUGCUUGGAUUUUUCUUAUUGGGCUGAGUUAAUAUCCAUUGAUCAAAAGUUCCAGAUUCUUCGUUUGGUUUUUAAUUGUGAUUGUAUAUGUGCUGAUUCUUGGACAAUAAUGGUAGUGGGUUUUCAUAUUCAAUCUGAUGUGGUUCGCCUAUGACUCUCAAAUUGGUGUCUGGGGCUCGGGGUUUUCUUUCUUUCGAAGAAUGAGGAUGAUGUUGUGGAUAUGGUGGCUACUGGUAUUUGGUGUUUUGGCUGCUGUUAUGGGUUUCUCUUAAUGGUUGUAGUGAUAUAUAUGUUGAAUAUCUGCGGUUGUGUUUUUUGUGGAGCUCCCUCAUAUUAUUGCUCCUUUUCAUAUAUGAAUUUUUCUUUCGUUGUCAAAAAAAAAAAAAAAAACCUUGUGUAGUACUGAACAAAUUAUUUGAGUAAAUCUUCAAUCCU